AUGUUACUGUACUUUAUGCUUUUUUACUGCCUUGCAAUCUGUCAAGGUUUACAGCAACGUCCAUUAGUUAUUGGACAUCGUGGUUCCGCCUAUUUACCGGAAUUGACUUUAGCUACUCAGUCCAUGGCGCAUGCGUUCGGUGCUGAUUUUAUUGAAAUUGAUGUUAAUUUGAGCAAAGACAAUCAGUUGAUUGUUAUUCAUGAUCUCUAUUUGGAUGGUGUAACUAAUGUUGCAGAAAUACAUCCUGGUAGAAAUCGUUCAAAUGGUCUUAACUACGUUAUUGAUUUCACUUUGGAUGAAAUACGUCAGUUAACUGUUCGUGAACGAGUAAGACCAUUGAAUGGCACCCAGAUAUAUCCAUUACGAUUUCCUUCGAGAUCUGUUGUACCUUUUCGGUUAUCAACAUUGAAUGAAACUAUUGAGUUAUUACUCGGUCUUAACCGUGCAACAGGCCGACAACGACAAUUAUUAAUUGAGAUAAAAAAGCCUGAAUAUCACACUGAAAACAAUCGAUCGAUCUCACGCGUUGUACUUGGCACACUGAGGGCUUAUAAUUUAACACGACCAACUGAUCCAGUUGUAAUUCAAACAUUUCAUAUUGAAGAGUUAAUGAACAUUCGUCGUAAUCUUGGCAGUGAAUUACGUCUAUUUGCAUUGAUGACAUUGAACCGCGUCGGGGAAUCGUCGAGUGAUUAUGAUUUCUAUCGAAGUCGAGAAGGAAUUGCCAAUCUCUCACAAACAGUUCAGGCGUUAGCACCUGACCAUCUCCUCGUUGUGGAUUAUGAUUCGAAUGGAACAAUCGUCGGGAUGAGCAAUUUAACCAAAUGGGCACAUGAAUAUAACCUUCAAGUAUAUCCUUAUACAUUCCGAAAAGAUCUAUUUCCUGGGAGUAGCUUCGAAAAUCUUGUUGACUACUUUUGGCAUACGGUACAAGUCGAUGGUUUUAUCACUGAUCAUCCGGAUUAUGUUCUUCAACUAUUGGAGAACGAUAUAACGAAGAAUGGAUCGAAAAAUUUAGCCUCUCAUUUGUUUUUAUCAAUUCUGACAUUUGUAUUCAUAACUAUUUGUCUUUGA